GACACUUCCCGCACGCGGCCCGGCGCACCCCAGUCCCCACCCCCAGUAGAGUAAACUAGGCCACCACCCUCCUCCUGCUCUUCCUCCUCUGCCACGACUCCCACCGCUGUGAGGGGAGAGCACACCAGCCGAGACGCCGCGAAUCUCGUAGCCCAGAUGAGUAUUAGCCCAACUUGAGUUCGUUGCGGAUCAGCGCCGGACACCAUGCCCGUGCCAGCAGCAGCCGCGCCGGAGGCUGGCGCAGGGGGUAGCAGCGCCAGCGCCAGCGGCGGCGGCGAGCAGCAGCACCACCUGCGCGGGCACGCGCACCUGACCAACUGCAUCCACCUGCGCCACCACCAGGCCCCGCACGGCGGCGUCGGCGCGUCCGGGAGGAGGGGCCGCAGCAGCCCGACGGGGUCGCCCUCGGCGGCCUCCUCCGCCGCGCUGAUGCGGGACCUCCUCGCGAUGCAGCGCUCGCGCUCGCUGCGGGACCCCUCCACCCGCCGCUCCGUCGACGACUCCUCGUCCAGGGCCGCCGCCGCCACCGCCGCUGAGGCCGACGCCGACGCGGACCGCGGGGCGCUCAAGACCCUGCUGGACCGGCUCGCGGAGAACCCACAGCCCAAGCCCUCCCGCCGCCCGCGCCGACGGUUCAAGCGCGGGUCCGGCCGCCGCGCCGUGCCCUCCGCGGCCGCCGCUCUAGAUCGCCCCGCUGCUGCGGCGGCGGCCGCCUUCUCCGCCAACUCUAGCUCCCAGGAAGCUGUCUGCGGCCAGAAGUAUUUCUUCGCGGCCGGCGGAGGCGGCGACGGCGACGGCAGCGAGGAGCUACUGCAGCAGCUGCAGCCGCAAGCGUCGCAGGACUCGCGCAACGUGUGCGGCAUCCCCUGGAACUGGUCGCGUCUCCACCACCGCAGCAGGUCCAUCCUCGACAUGGCCGGCCGGAGCCUCUCGUGCGGCCUGUCUGACCCCAAGUCGGCGUCGGCGGCGGGGGCCGGGGCGGGGCGGAGGUCCGAAGCCGCCACCUCCGCGGCCUCCUGUGGCUACAUGAACGGGUCGCGUUCGCAUCCGCAUUUCCCGGUCACCGCGAGGCUGACUUCCUCGACCAGUUCAGAUUCCGACUCUCUGCCUCUGCUCGCCGAGGGCAUGCGCAAUGGCAUCCGUGGUGUUUCCAGGAGCUUCUCUGGCGAGCUCGGGAUUUUCUCUAAUCAGAGUAGCGAGCUGGAUUCGGACCUCAUGUCCGAGGCACGUUCGGGGCAGAAGUCCCGGGGCUCGCAGCAUGGCCGGCACCGGAGCCUCACGCAGAAGUACGCACCCAGGACUUUCAAGGACGUUGUUGGGCAGAGCCUGGUUGUGCAGGCGCUGUCCAAUGCCAUCCUGAGGAGGAAGAUUGGGUUGGUUUAUGUCUUCUAUGGACCGCACGGUACAGGCAAAACAUCGUGUGCUCGGGUGUUUGCAAAGGCGCUGAAUUGCCAUUCUGGUGAGCACCCGAGGCCUUGUGAUUUAUGUGCAUCUUGUAUCGCUCACAAUUUGGGAAAGAGUAGGAGCUUGGUGGAGAUUGGACCUGUCGGCAACAUCGACCUGGACAGCAUUGUGGAUAUCCUUGACAAUGUGAUGCUUUCUCCAGCACCGGCCCAGCACAGGGUGUUUAUAGUGGAUGAUUGCAACACAUUGCCGCCUGAUACGUGGAGUGUCAUAUCGAAAGUUGUUGAGCGUGCACCUCGACGUGUAGUUUUCAUUCUCAUCAGCCCCAAUCUCGAUCUCCCACAUAUAAUUAUGUCAAGGUGCCAAAAGUUCUUCUUUCCCAAACUGAAGGAAUGUGACAUUGUCAACACUUUGCAGUGGAUUUGUACUAGCGACGGCCUAGAUGUUGAUAGAGAUGCACUGAGACUUAUUGCUUCCCGAUCAGACGGGUCAUUGAGGGAUGCAGAGAUGACAUUGGAUCAACUGAGUUUGCUGGGGCAGAGAAUUUCAAUGUCUCUUGUUCAAGAACUUGUUGGCUUGGUUUCUGAUGAUAAAUUGGUAAACUUGCUUGAUUUGGCACUGUCUGCUGACACUGCCAACACAGUCAAAACUUUACGUGAUAUUACUGAAACAGGUGUUGAGCCUUUGUCGCUGAUGUCUCAACUUGCAACAAUAAUAACUGACAUCCUUGCUGGUACCUACACAUUCACACAAGAAAGAAUUCGUCGAAGAUUCUUCAAACGUCCAACCUUAUCAAAGGAAGAUAUGGAAAGACUGCGCCAGGCCUUGAAGACAUUGUCUGAAGCUGAAAAACAGCUGAGGCUCUCUAACGAUAAAAUGACCUGGCUUACUGCUGCUCUGCUUCAGCUUGCUCCUGAUAAACAAUAUAUACUGCCGAGUUCAUCAACAAGUACAAGUUUUAACCAGGGUAAUGAGAUAUAUGCUGGUCACCAUGGUUUACCAAGAGCAUCUGAUCAGGGAAAUCAGCAGUACAGAAAUUCUAAUGCAGGGAUUUGUUCGAGUAACGUCAUGGCAAGCACUUAUAUUGGUGGAAGGAGACCCAGGGAACAUACACCAGAUGGCUGUAUAUUGUCAUCGAGUGCUACCAGAGUGAAUGAAAGAUCUAAAUGCAGCAAAACUGACAAUGAUAUGAUUUGGCAGGCUGUUCUAGAGAAUAUUCAGUCAGAUUCAUUGAGAAAAAUGAUGGCUAAAGAGGGACGUGUGAUUUCUGUCAGCCUUGGCACAGCACCAACUGUGCAGUUAACGUUCAGCUCGCACGUGAAUAAAUCCAAGGCUGAAAAGUCUAGGGGACAAAUUUUGCAAGCAUUUGAGUCUGUUCUUUCUUCUAAUAUAAUACUAGAAAUCCGAUACGAAUCAAAGGAUGACAUGGGAGGUGAUUCAGCUAUUUCACCUUACCGGGAGGAUAGCUCUUCCAACAUCGCAUUAAGGAGGUCUUUCACUAAACAUAGUUCAGUUUCUUCUGGAGGUGAGAAUUUAAUUAGGAGGCUUCAGAAAGGAAGCAUGGCCCAGGGUGCUAGCUCAAAUCAGACACGAUGGAUGCAGUCUGAUCCACACAUACUGACUGAAGGUGAAAUUAUUGAAGUGGGUCCUUCUCAAAUGGGAUGGUACGGUGAACCAGAUAAUGGUGCUGUUGCCAGAGAUAGAAGAAGAAAAGAGAGUGUAUGGGGAGCAGCAGCUUUGUCAUCACAAAACCAAGAAAACAUAGUUCCUCAAGGAGGAAUAAAUGAAGAUAAUGAACAUGAUCGACAAAAAAACAUAGUAAGAGGCAAGGUAUCUCUUGCUCAUGUUAUUAAUAGGGCGGAAGCUUGUUCUCAACAAGGAGGCUGGUCCAGACAAAAGGCCAUGUCAAUAGCAGAAAAGCUAGAGCAAGAGAAUUUGAGAAUGGAGCCUAGGUCGAGUCUGCUUUGUUGGAAAGCUUCAAGCACUACUAGACGGAAGGUAAAUCACCUGGGAUCAUACCAAUCGACAAACUUCAGUCCUAAGCUCUCAGCACUGAAGAAGAUCAGGACGCGAAGAUCACGAGCUCUCUCAAGGCUCGUCCUGUGCGGAAGGUGCAUUUCAACAAAAUCUCCAAGAUAAGAGACGAUGUGGCUGUGGGCAACGUGAUUCUACAUGUAGCUAACUUAAUCCCUGAUUUAUUCUCUGUAAUCAUUAGAAGCUGUAGGGGUGUAGGCCAUUGUAGUUGUAUAUGGUUUAACAGGUAGACGAAUCUCCAUGAAGUCCAUUCUUUGGCUGAGCAAUAAUCUUCAAGUGUGGUUACACCUGCAGGCUGCAAGGUACUAGUAUUAUCGCACUCUAGGUAUGGAUAAUUCACCUGGUA